GGCGGGGUCCGCUCUGCUCUUGACAGCUGUUUCUUGCACAGCCCCAGCUGAGUCCCGUGGAUUUGGGAACCUGUGACCCGCUCUCCGCGCGUCCCCGUCCCCCCGUGGCCCUGGCUCCGGCCAUGAAGCGCAUCUUCUCCUGCUCCAGCUCACAGGUGGCGGUAGGUGCCAAAAUGUUUGGAGGGAUGGGAAUGGGGCUCAGAUGAGAGCCAUGUGGUGACCGAAGUCCUCAUCUCCAUACACGAUCGCCUUUUCUCUUUAUUGGUCUUUCCAGCUCUCCCGCUCCCGCAAUGCAGCCGGCCAGCUCUGCCUUCUUCGAGAUCCUGCUCCCUAGCCUCUGACUUGCCUCCUAACCCCUCGCCCUCUCUAAAGCCCUUUCCCUCAGCCCCUUCUUGUCCUCCCAACCCCUACACUUCCAACUUCUGGUAUGUUUCCUGCAUCCCCUGCCUCCUCCUGAAGGCUUGUCCCCUAGUUCUGUUCUGUCUCCCAGUACUGAACCACCCCCAGCAUCUGUCUCAUGGCCAGCGCUAAGUCCUGCCCUCCUCUACAGCCCCAUCUUCCAGUCUUGCCCUUUUACCACAAUCCUGUGCUUCCAUAUGACCCUAUCCUUGUUGUUCUCUGUCAGCCCAACAAGUAUUCCCAGCCCUUUGCCUUUCCCUAGUUCUUCACAGAGCCUUCUCUGUCCUUGCCCCCUUCCCACCCCAUGGCACUUCCACUCCCAUUCUCUCACUAGCACUGCUGGCCCUCAGACAUCGCUCCACAGCUCUUUCCAACUGGUGAUCCCAUAAUAGCAGGCUUCUCCUGUUUUCCCCUCUGACCUCUGCCCUGCUCUGUCCAAUGGUCACCCAAUCUCCCUUGCUCCCUUUUGCUGGGACUUCCUUCUGCCUGCACUCUUUGGGUUAAUCUUGCAGUCUGGCCAGCCUGACAGGCACUGCCAGAGGACGCACAGUUGCCUGGCCGCUCCCCAAGGAACUGGGUGAGUUGCCUGCAGAAUCCACCCCAGCCAGUUUACUGCGGUGUCUGAUCAUCAGACUGGUUCUUGGGCCACUCAAGGCCUUCUGUCUGCUUCUUCUCAGAACCUUCCGUCACCCUAAACCCUCACUGAGAUGUUUAGGGCUUGUGCUCUAUGCUCCUUUGACUGAGCUGGGGAAAGGUGAUGGUGAGAGGUGAAGAGGAUAGGGUAGACUCACUAUGGGGGUUCCCAGCAGAAGUCACUCUACUCCCCAUGCUCUCCCAGAACAAAAUGCCAAGAAGAGGUUUACAGAAGGGGGUGGCUAAGGGAGGGUGCAAAUUCUCCUUCUCUGAAGAGCUCUUACAGAGAGACCCCCCCAUCUGGGGAUGUAGUUUUCUGUGGAGAUUGGGAUUAUGGCUCAUUUACGAAUGAAUUAGCCAGCUACCUCUAGCAGUAAUGCUUAGUGUAACCUGACUUAGUGGUGUCAUUCAUAAGCAAACAUGAAAAAUGCUCACUUAGCUCACUCUGCAUGGGCAGACCACAGAAGCCUGGAAGUGAGCUAUGAGGCAAGAGUAGGUGCUCUGUUGAGGCCUGUCUGUGGCCCAUUUACAUUUGCUUCUUUCUCCAUGUAGUUUCCACACAUUGAUGAACCAGUUAGGAGGCAUUCACUGAAUGACUACGAGAGGUACCAGAAGCUGAGAGUAUUCUUACCUCGUAACAACUUUCUUACUCAUGUGGACUCUUCUCUAGUUUCUGAAAGUCCUCUACAUUGCCCUUUGCUUUCAGGAGAUUGUGGAGCCUGCCAGUUCCUUAGGAAUGGGGAAACUAUUCUAUUCCUCCCGAUUUUCCAAUCUAUGGGCUGUAGGGUUUCCUCACUCACGCUGGGAUCACAGAAAGCUUGAAAUAGGCCAUUUUCAGUUGCAAAUUGUUACCUCAUGAAGCUUCCCCACACUGCAGGUUACAAAUUCUUCCGUCCCUUGGGUGGUCAACCACCCGGGGACUAUUUGUCAAGGAAAUAGAGUGACAGCCUUCCUGUCCACUCCCAAAGUCUGAUGCCCGAAGAUUACAUCUCCCCAUCCCCACUCCCACCCUGGGUCCAGAGCCCUGCACCCUCAAUCUGAAAUAAGGACUGAGAAAGCAGUGAUCAUUUUAAAAUCCAUCUGUUAUCCACAGUAUAGGAAGUUCAACCGACAAGUAAGCAAAAACCAGCUCCUAUAAUCUCAUUUGGAAAUCCUGGUGGCGUAGUGGUUAAGAGUUUGGCUGCUAACAUAAAGGUUGGCAGUUCAAAUCCAUGAGGCACUCCUUGGAAUCCCUAUGGGGCAGUUCUACUCUGUCCUAUAGGGUCACUAUGAGUUGGAAUUGACUCAAUGACAACGGGUUAUAAUCUUAUUUUAUUUUAGUCAGUUAAAAGAUGCUUUUGACAUCUCCUGUCCGGUGUGGAGAUGGGAGGGUAGAGAGGGUUAGAAACUGGCAAAACGGUCACGAAAGGAGAGACUGGAAGGAGGGAGCGGGCUGACUUAUUAGGCGGAGAGUAAAUGGGAGUAUGUAGUAAAGUGUAUAUAAGUUUAUAUGUGAGAGACUGACUUGAUCUGUAAACUUUCACUUAAAGCACAAUAAAAAUUAUUAAAAAAAAAAAAAGAUGCCUUUGAGGGUGUCGCACAUAUUAGCUUACUCUGCCUAUGUAGGAAAUAGAGCAGAAAAUCACUUCAGAUGGUUGAUACUGGACCAGCUUAGAGAAAUAUUUACUGCAUUUAAAAACAACUGAAAGGUCCUGGUUCCUUCAGGGUGGCCUUUCUAUUUUCAUUCAUCUAUCUGGUAGCUACUCUUUCUCUACUCAUCCAUCUUAGUAGGAUGCUAAUAGGCACAUAGCUAGAGAUAAGGGAAGGAACCCUGGUGGUGCAGUGGUUAAAGUGCUUGGCUGCUAACUGAAAGCUAGGCACCAACUAUUCUGCAGGAGAAAGAGGUAGCAGUCUGCUUCCAGAAAGAUUACAGCCUUGGAAACCCUAUGAGGCAAUUCUGCUCUGCCCUUUAGGGUCAUUAUAACUAUGACAAUGGGGUUCAGUUUGGUAACUGCAGUUUCUCUACUCAUCCAUUGAUAGCAUGCUAAUAAGGAGAGGGUACAAUUACUUCUACAAUGGCCCCCUAAUCUUGACUAGAGAAAUGCAAAGCUUGUUUUUGAGCCUGCUGAUUGAUUUGCUGAUUGCUCCCUUGAGGCUGUGAUGGUAAUCCAGUGUCUCCUUUCCAAGCAGCUGGGGUGAGCCAUGGGCUGGAUCUUGGAAUUUGGGACCAUCCCUCUGCCCUUCAUCCCAUCUCUGAAGAGAUUUGGCUAUUUCCACCCAUUCUAAACUCUUUUUAGUGUAAUGAGAUUACAGAAAGUAAAUUGAGUGGAUUAUCUGUUGGCUGGUAUGAACAAGAUCCCUUCCUUCCACUCCUCUGGCUGGGGAAUUCUGAGCUUGGAAACAUCCAAAAUGUGUCCAGUAAUGCCAGAAAGGAUGACGAUUGGAGGUAACAUUUAUUGUCACCUACUAUGUGAAGACACUGCUAGGUGCUUUAUGCGGUGUUACAUCAUUAAGAAACACAUUCAGAGAAGUUGUUACCCACCACCGUGGAGUCUAUUCUGAUACAGAGUAGAACAGCCUCAUAGGGCUUCCCAGGCUGUAAUCUUUGCAGAAGCAGACUGCCACUUCUUUCUUCCUCAAAGUAGCUGUUUGUUUCAGCUGCCAACCUUUCUGUUAGUAGCCAAGUGCUUAACCACUGUACCACCAGGGCUCCUUAGAGAAGACGUUGCUUGCCCAAAUUCACAGAGAUGGAAAGUGUUAGAGCCAGGAUUUUAAACAAAGAACUUCAGGUUGAGUCAGCUGACAGCUGUGCCAUGAGGCAGAAGUAUAUAGUUCUAGCUGUCUGCUUUUUCUGGGGCGAACUGACCCCCAAGGGUGUUGAAUAAUGUGCUCUUACAUCUCAGAGUCUGUCGGAUUGUGAAGAAGUCAUUUUGCUUAUUUUCUCCUUCAAGAAUUAAUCUGUUUUGGAGACUGUUCUCCAGGCAAGGAGUAGUGUCGGGUGGCUUUGCCCUGAAGACAGUCUUAGAUUGUGUAUCUAGAAAUUAACAAACUUUCUUCCAUAUCUCUGUAGUUGCUGUUGUUGGUUGUUGGUGCCAUCCAGUCAGUUCUAACUCAUAGUGACCCCACGCAUGACAGAACAAAACACUGCCUGGUCCUGAGCCAUCCUCACAAUAGUUGUUAUGCUUGAGCCCAUUGUUGCAGCCACUGUGUCAAUCCAUCUUUUUGAGGGUCUUCCUCUUUUUCGCUGACCCUCCACUUUACCAAGCAUGAUGUCCUUCUCCAGGGACUGAUCGCUCCUGAUAACAUGUCCAAAGUAUGUGAGGCAAAGUCUCGCCAUCCUUGCCCCUAAGGAGCGUUCUGGUUGUAGUUCUUCCAAGACAGAUAUAUUUGUUCUUUUGGCAGUCCAUGGUAUAUUCAAUAGUAGGUGGUUCUGCCCUGAAGUCAGUCUUAGACUGUUCAUCUAGAAAUGAACAAACUUUCUUCCAUAGCUCUGUAGUAGUGUAGUCUAAAGGUGAGAAACUAGGAUUGAGGUAUCAGGUAACCUGGGUUUUAAUCCCAAUUUUACCACUAUUUUGUAGUAUGACCCUGGACAGGUAUCUAACCUCAAUGUGCUUCAACAUCUGUCUAAUAGGUAUAAUAAUAUCAGUUCUAACUACUUUCUAGGGAUGUUGAGAGGCUAAUUGAAAUAGCACUUGAAAGAGUUAUCUGGAAUUAGAAGUGCUGUAUAUGAGUAUGACGUCAGAAUCCAUCUAGCUUGGAUAAGUUUAUGGUUCGUGCUUUUAAAGCCUUUCCUGUUGUUGAUGAAUAAUUUGCCCAGGUUAUAUAAACAGUAUUUGAAAAUGUGUUAUUGGGCUUCCAUAGACCCUACUUUUGCCCACCUCCUCCCGUGUCCUCUUUCUUGUUGAGAUGACACCUCAUAAGAUGCACUGUGUGCCACCAAUCCCCCACCACUUCCUGUUUUGUUAUACAGAUGCCAUACAUUUGCACGGCUCUUUACAGUUUACAAAGAGAUUUUAUAUACAUUAGUUCAUUAACACAACAUGAUGAAGUAGUUAUUAUUACCCACAUUUUAUAGAUGAGGAAAUAGACUAGAGGUGUUUUAGUGGUUUACUCUAGGUCAUAGCUGAGAAAGUAGCUCAACCAGGCUCUGAACCCAGGCCAGCUGACAAAAUAUUCAGCUAGGACCCUUUUACCCUACCACAGAUCUUUACAUCUCUUCUUCCUCUAUUUUCUCCUCUCUGGGCUGAACCAGGCUUUCCUAUGCUUUUAGCCCUGGGUGUUUUUACACAGCUCUCUCUUUCAAGCCCUGUGAUACUUCAAUUAUUCUAAUUACCCCACCACCCACGAAACUCAAGCUAGAAUGAUAGAACAAUGCAGCCCAGGUGUGGCUGUUAUCUGGGACAGCUGUUCUCAGCCAGGGAAACUAGGAAGGAUGGGAGGGGAGAGAGGAGAAAGGAGAAAGAAAGCUGCCUCUUGCUGACUCCUCAAGAAUAGCUAGAGUCCAAUCUUUGCUUUCUGGUAGUUGUUGUCAUGGAAGGGAAAGGGAGACUAGCUAAAGGGCAUAGAUUUAAAAAAAAAAAAAAAAAAAGGGCAUAGAUAGGAGAUAGAAAAACAGAAACUCUGUACUUCCCCUCCCAGUUCUGGACCCAAAGCCAACAGGUAGAGGUGGUAUACCUAAGUUUAGACUCCUGGCUGUAACUUGAAACUAGGUGCUUUGAUUUACCUCCCAAAUUGUUCUUAUUGCUACGUGCCAUCUAAUCAAUUUUGACUCAUAGUGACCCCAUGAGACAGAGUUGAACUGCCCUAUAGGGUUUUCCAGGCUGCGAUAACUGAGGGCAAAAAACAGCAGCACGGGAGGUGAGAGACAAUGAGAACCCAACCAGAGUGGCCAGGUUGGUUCCAUUUGCUCCGGGAGACAUAAAGAGCAAAAGGAAAAGGGGUCAUGAUUCGGAUUGCUCUGACGAUGGGCAUCUAACAACACCAAUAAUCAUAAUAGUGAUAAAAAGAAACUUGAAGUACUAUGCAUUCAGCACUCAUAAAUGAGUUUUAAUUUGGUCAUCCAGGUACCUUUUUUGGCCCCAGGCCAGCCCAGGGCUGACAAUAGUUCUUGGUGACCUAUGAGUUGGUGACUAUUUAGCUGGUCCACCUAAGAAGGACUAAAUGAUCUAUGGUGAGUGACUUGUGGAACACUGAAAGGAUGUCAGGAUGUCUCUUUUCCUUUGCUUGGCAUCCUGACCAUCUCCCUCUUUUCUUUCUCCACACUACCCUCAUCCCCCAUAUUAUACAAUUUGUUGUUCUGGGCCAGGUGGAGAGAUGGAACCGCCAUGAUCAGAAGCUGCUGGAGGCAGUGCAGCGGGGGGACGUGGGGCGCGUGGCUGCCCUGGCCUCCAGGAAGUCAGCCCGACCCACCAAGCUAGACUCGAAUGGCCAGUCCCCGUUUCAUCUGGCGGCCUCCAAAGGCCUGACGGAGUGUCUGACUAUACUGCUUGCAAAUGGGGCUGAUAUCAACAGCAAGAAUGAGGACGGAAGCACCGCCCUGCACUUGGCCACCAUCUCCUGCCAGCCACAGUGUGUCAAGGUCCUGCUGCAGCAUGGUGCCAAUGAAGAUGCCGUGGAUGCAGAAAACCGUAGUCCAUUGCACUGGGCAGCCUCCUCUGGUUGUGCCUCAAGCGUACUCCUGCUAUGUGACCACGAAGCCUUCCUGGAUGUCCUGGAUAAUGGUGGACGGACACCUCUGAUGAUCGCAUCUCUGGGUGGUCAUGCAGCUAUCUGCUCCCAACUGCUGCAGAGAGGUGCCCGAGUUAAUGUCACAGACAAGGAUGACAAAUCGGCUCUGAUCCUGGCCUGUGAGAAAGGCAGCGCCGAAGUGGCUGAGCUGCUCCUGAGCCAUGGAGCAGAUGUGGGGGCAGUAGACAGCACAGGGCAUGAUGCCUUGCAUUAUGCUCUGCGCACACAGGACAAGGCACUGUGGAAGCUGCUACAGCUGGCCAUGAACAGGCGGCGGCAGGGAGGUCAGGGGCUAGUUCAACACCUAGAUCUUGCAACCCGGGUCUCUCCAUCUGAGCCCCAGGUGGGCUCUCCACCUAAAAGCGCAUGGAGAGCAGAGCCCGAGGAAGAGCAGGAGGAAGAGGAAGAUGAAGAUCCAUGUUCAGAGGAGUGGAGGUGGAAGUAUGAAGAGCAGCAGAGGAAAGUCUCUCAGUUGGAGCAGGAGCUGGUGCAAAAGACAGAAGAGUGUAAGGCUCAAGCUGCAGCCUACCUGGGUCUGGAGAACCAGAUUCAAGAGCAGGUGCAGGAACUGGGGCUCCUCCUAUCUCAAGAGCCUGGAACCCCAGGAGGGCAAGGCUCUAGUCUCCGGCCUGGCGGGGAUGGCAUGGAGCAGGGUUGUCCCGUAGACCUACUGGCCGAGCGCAUACAAGAGCUAAAGAAGCAACAGCAGGUAGCUACAGCAAACCCAACAUUAACUCCCAAGAAGGCCCAGGAUUCAGCCCCAGGAGAUAUCCAGUAUGAAGCCCAUGGAAGAUCUCAUCCAGAAGAACAGGGGCCACCAAGGUCUGAGACCAUUGGGAGGGCCACUGGACAGCAAGUAACCAUUAGUGGGGGACAGGCCCUUGAUCUCAGUCAGACUGAUCAAAGGUGUGCUGGGCAGAAGGAGAGACCUCAGGCCCCAGGGGCUGAGCCAGGAGGCACAGUGGCGGAACCAGUGGGCCCAGCAGCCAUGCACCAGCUCCUGCUACAACUAAGGGAAGAGCUGGCUGCCGUGUGGCGAGAAAAGGAUGCCGCCCGGGGGGCUUUGUCAAGACCAGUCCUGGAGGGAGCCCUGGGGACUCCCCAGGCUGAAGCUGCAGCAGCUGCCUGGGAGAAGAUGGAGGCCCGGUUGGAGCAGGUGCUGGUGAGGCUGGAUAAAGCAAAGGCAGGACUACAGGUGAAGCCGGAAGCUCCUGCCCAGGAGCCCAGAGAUGGAGCGCCAAAGGCAACCCCAGGGACCAUCACCAAAGAGUAUGAAGGGAAGGAGAAAAAAGCCCCUGGGGCCAGGGGAGAACCUCUAGGAGCCCCUGGAGUGGAGCAGGCCCCAGGAGGAGGUCUGCCAAAGUGUCAGCUGGAGAAGGAGGUGUCAGCACUGCGCCUGAGCAACAGUAACUUGCUGGGGGAACUGGGGGAGCUGGGGCGGGAGCGGCAGCGGUUGCAGGGCGAGCUGCAGUCCCUGAACAAGCGACUACAGCGAGAGUUUGUGCCCAAGCCAGAGGCACAGGUCCAGCUACUGCAGUUGCAGCGGAGUGUGGGGCUGCUCACGGAUGAACUGGCCGUGGAGAAGGAGGCCACAGAGAAGCUGCGGCAACGGCUGGCCUCCCAGAGCAGUGGCCUCCGAGGGCUGUGGAACUGCCUGCCCCCAGACAUAGUGGGCAAGGAGGGUGCUCAGAGCACAGCAGCCGACCCCCUGGGGGAGCUGCAGGCCUACAUCAGAACCCUGGUGGAUAGGCACCGGGAGGCCCAGCAGGUGCUGGCUCUUCUGGAGGAGGAAAACCAGCAGCUGCGGAAGACCCCGGCCCCACGUGGGGAACCAGAGACCUCCUCAAAGGUCCCAGCAUCCCCCCAAGUGGCCGCUCUGGAGCAAGACCUGGGGAAGCUGGAGGAGGAGCUGCGGGCCGUUCAGGCCACGAUGAGUGGGAAGAGCCAGGAGAUCGGGAAGCUGAAGCAGCUACUCUACCAGGCCACCGAGGAAGUGGCCGAGCUGAGGGCGCGGGAGGCGGCCAGCCUGCGGCAGCACGAGAAGACUCGAGGCUCACUAGUGGCCCAGGCUCAGGCUUGGGGCCAGGAGCUGAAGGCCCUGCUGGAAAAGUAUAACACGGCCUGCCGGGAAAUGGCUAGGCUCCGGGAGGCUGUGGCCGAGGAGCGCCGCAGGAACGGGGACCUGAUUGCGCGGGCUGCUGAGCAGGAGCGCCAGGCCGGCGAGAUGCGCGGGCGCUCGGAGCAGUUUGAGAAGACGGCAGAGCUGCUGAAGGAGAAGAUGGAGCAUCUCAUCGGGGCCUGCCGGGACAAGGAGGCCAAGAUCAAGGAAUUGUUGAAGAAACUGGAGAAACUUUCAGAGGAGGUCCUAGCAGUUCGGGGAGAAAAUGCUCGCCUUGCCCUACAGCUGCAGGAUUCUCAGAAGAACCACGAAGAGAUCAUCUCCACCUAUAGGAAUCAUUUGCUGAAUGCUGCUCGGGGUUACAUGGAACAGGAUGUGUAUAAUAUCCUACUGCGAAUUCUCAGCAUGCAGGAGGAGUAAGGGAACAAGAGCAUCCGUGGUUGCCAGAGGCUCCUCAGGCUGUGGUGGGUGGUAGGAUGGCCACUAGCGAUGGUAUGGGACCUGACAUUAAGGAGACUGGACCUGAGAACCUGGACUCUGGAAUCAGCAUGGAUGGGACCAGAGCAGAUGGGGAUGGAAGACCUUUGGAAAAUAAAGCAGGAGGCAGGAUGAUGUUGGGCAUCAUUGUUUUGUUUUGUCUUGAGAGGAGGGGCAGGAAGGAACCUUUUUCUUUCUUCUUUUUUUUUUAAAUCACAAAUGGUCCCAUAAGUCAGCAGUUUUCAAACUGUGAUUAUGAUCCAUAGUAAAAUACAUUUUACAUCCUAGGUACACAUAUCUGAAAUAAUUAUUAUUUCUAUUCUAUUCUACAAAAAAAAUGUUAAUUUUUUUUUUGUUGUACUGUAGAUGAAGGUUUACAGAACAAACUAGUUUCUCAUUAAACAGUUAGUACACAUAUUGUUUUAUGACAUUGGUUAACCACUCCACGACAUGCGAACACUCUCCCUUCUCAACCUGGGGUUCCGUAUUACCAGCUUUCCCUUCCCCUCCUGCCUUCUAGUCCUUGCCCCUGGGCUGGCGUGCCCCUUUAGUCUUGUUUUGUUUUAUGGGCCUGUCCAAUCUUUGGCAGCAGAGUAAACAUCAAGAGUGACUUCAUUAGUGAGCUGAAAGGGUAUCAUCCAGGGACCAUACUCUCAGGGUUUCUCCAGUCUCUGUCAGGCCAGCAAGUCUGGUCUUUCUUUUUCAGUUAGAUUUUUGUUCUACAUUUUUCUCCAGUUCUGUCUGGGACCCUCUAUUGUGAUCCCUGUCAAAGCAGUCAGUGGUGGCAGCUGGGUACUAUCUAGUUGUACCAGACUCAGUCUGGUGGAGGCUGUGGUAGAUGCGGUCCAUUAGUCCUUUGACUAAUCUUUCCCUUGUAUCUUUAGUUUUCUUCAUUCUCCCUUGCUCCCAAAGGGGUGAGAACAGUGGAGUAUACUAGAUGGCCACUCACAGGCUUUUAAGACCCCAGCGCUACUCACCAAAGCAGAAUGCAGAAUGUUUUCUUUAUAAACUAUGUUAUGCCAGUUGAGCUAGAUGUUCCCCAAGACCAUGGCCCCCACAGCCCUCAGCCCAGCAGUUUGGUCCCUCAGGGAGUUUAGAUGUGUCUGUGGAGCUACCAGGACCUUGCCUUGUACAGGUUGUGCUGGCUUCUCCCAUAUUGCCUGUCUUACCCUUCACCAAAGUUACCACAUAUCUGUUGUCUAUUUAGUGAUGAAGACUUGAAAUACAUAGCCCUCAGUGAAAACGGGGGAUUGAUGCUCUUCCUUUUCUUUUUCAAAUCUUUAUCUUACAGAUACUGAUCUUUUGUCUCGAUCUUGAGACUCCUGGCUCCAUGACCUUUUUUAAGGAGGAGAAAUUGAAAGACCUGGAUUUUCUUUAAGGUGUACAAUCUAAAAUAUUCUGUCAUGCAUCAGACCAUGCGUCUAGAUUCGAGGGUUUAUUUUAUGUGGUUACUGUUCUGUGCCCCAGGUGCAAACGGGGAUGAAAAGUCCGAUUCCUGGGAAAGGGAUGAAGACGAACUCAGUUGGUUUCUUCCCUCCAGUUCUGUUCUCAGACUGAAAAAAUGUAUCUGUCUUGGUCACUUCUGUGGGGUCUCCUCCCCUUCCUGCUCCUCAGCCAGCCAGACUGCUAGGUAAAAGUGAGGCAGUGAGUUCUUCCAAAACCUGGAACAGCAGUUUGUGGCCUACACUCUGGUCCCUCCCAUUCCUUCUCUCAGCCUGCCUUCUGUGGGGUCACGCUGGGUCAGACAGCAGCAGUUUGGCAAAAAAGAUACUAAAUUGCCUCUCGUUACCAACCAACCUUUAGAAGCCUUUCCGGAGCACCAGGCUUAGGUGGAAACUGAGACAGGCAGGGGAAAGAGGGGGCAAGGACUAUGUGAGGUGGUGAGAAAAGAACUUAUUUGUGAAUCGUUUUAUGCUCAGCCUUCAGCUUUGAAAAAUUUUAUACGGGAGAUGCCAAACUAGCUGGGUUGAGAGAAAAAAAGUGGGGGAGCGGCUGCCUUGAAGGCAGGGGCCACACAUGGGCUGCAGGGGCUGGGCUGGCUUCAGGGUUUGGGUAGGAACAGAGCAGAUGAGAUAUGUAGAUCCGGUCCUAGAGAAGGUGCAGGUCAGUUUUGGAGUCUGCAUGGGUGGGCGCAGGGCUGCUUGAAGGCUGGGAGAAUGGAGAGAGCAGGGAUUGAAAGGAGAAGGGGAGAAAGAGAGCAGCUGCCAGAUGAAGAGCAUCACAAAGGUCCGAGGGACUUCUAUUAAGGAGAACAGAACCUCUUUUUUGCCUGCUCUCAGUUACCAGAAAAUAUAGAAGGACUGUUCCAUUCCUCAUUAGUUGGGUGGGAAAAAUGAAAAAAACUGCAGAGAGAAAGGUUCAGAGAGGGGGUAGAUCAUUUGGCUAAUUGUGAGUCAGGAAACUGCUUUGGUAAUGCAAACCAGGCCUUUGGCUCCCUCCCGGGCUCCUGGAAGCUGAUCCAGGAUGGCUGAGUUGUGGGAGUGGUAAGUGAUGUUAACGUUAGCAUAGGAGUGGAACCUUUUCCAUCCGCUGCUCUUUCUGUACAAUCUCCCUCUAUACAGCCCCGUAAACUGUGACCCCAACAACCCCAAGCCCUGGAGUAUUCCUUGACUUUACAAAUCUUUCACAAAGCAAUUCUAACCCUAAUGUUCCUCCCUAUUUCUGCUGGGCAGCCUGUUUAAUGGACUGUAGUAGGGAGGGACUUCACUACUCCUGUAAACCUCCCCCUGGAGCCCCAGGCAUCAGAUGGGAGUGUGUAGGUGAGAGUAGGAAGGCAGGAGGUAAAGCUUGGUGGGCCAUGAUGGGAAUCAUAAUGUCUUUGCCUUCAGCCUGGAACUUGGCCCUGAUUUUCAGUUUCCCCCUCUUUCUCUGUUAAUGUAUUCAUCAGAUAUUUUAAAAGCCUACUAUGUGCCAGGCCCUGGGGAUACAAUGUGAACAGCACAGAAGAAGUGCCUGCCCUCCUGGAACUUGUGUACAGGACCAGAUUCAGCUGCCUUGGUUCCCAGUUUUCUGUUAUUCUGCAGGAAUGCCAAAAUUUAUAACCUCAAAUUCGUUUUUAAAGGAGAUCCCUCCUUCACAAAAUCACUAGGAACCAAGGUGAGAUUGACUUUCUUCUAAUUUUAUACUGACAUACAAUAAACUGCACAUAUCUAAAGUGUAUAGUUUGAUAAAUUUUGACAUAUGUUUAAACUCGUGAAACCAUUACCAUAAUCAAGAUAAUGAAGAUAUCAUAUCCAUCACUACUAAAAUGUCCCCCAUCUCUUUGUAAUCACCUUCCAACCCUUUCUCCCCACAAAUUCUAAAAUUAUUAGAUAAUAAAAACUAAUCCAUAGUAACUUUUGAUCUAGAGGACUGAACUGAA